CAAUGAUGCUACGGGUGUCCAAGAAGACACAUCGUUCACCAAACUUGUGUCAAAUCCACCACCUGGUUCCCCCUACAGUUAUUACACACCCGCUCGAGCUGGCCAAGACAUGUCGAAUGCCCAAAGCGAGCAGCCUGGGGGCUUCGUAAACCCAGGCCUUGGCUUACCCUCACCUGCGCCAUCAUCUGCGUCGACCGGGUCAUCCCCGAACCUGCCUCAUCCGCGAAGUAGAUCUCUGCAGUCAGGGUCACGGAAAGAGGAGAUGGUCAGGCGGUAUGUUGAAGAUCGACUGCUGCAGAUCUCACGUCGUUAUGUGAAAAAGUUUGGGGACCCGGACGUCGGCAGUGACAUAAUCGGGUACAAGACAUUCAGUGAAGUCGCUCGUGACCUAGACACAGUCAUCAACGUCUUGUGGUUAUCAGCGACGCCGGAGCUACAGAUUCCCUUCCUGUUGAAGUUGGCGAGCGAUCUCACACAAUAUGUGCGGUCAUUCCCACCUGCACCCAAGGCUUCUUUUGAAGUACUAGGUAAACUGGAUCAUUGUUUUGCAAGCCUACUGUCUGGCCAAGACAUUAGUUCCGGGGAGCCGCUCCCAGGCUUUGAGCGAGGCUUAAGAGCAGGAAUGUCGACCACGGACAUGGUACGAUGCCGCAGCCUUGUGGAACAAACAAGAGUCUUGAUGGUAGAAGUUUUGAGUGGAGUGCCCGAAGACGAGGAUGAUGAGGACGAUGCGGAUGAUGAAUCCGAUGACGACAAUAUUGAUGAAUCGGAUGGACCUGCAUCGUCGGUGCGCGACGCAUCGAUGGCCUGGGAUAUCGACGAAGAUAUGAUGCACUUGGAUGCGGCCCGUAUCUACGAGAAUACUAUUGUGCAGUUGGGGGGUCGCCUGGGUGAUCCAUUGGGAGCCAUCAACAUGACUGAGGACUGAAGGCCACUCCUGGCGGAUCGUUUCGAGCUGGCUCGAGUAUGCAAAUCGUGAGGCCUGGCUGUUUAGGUUGCAGAUAGUGUUAUACGUCAAACUCAACAACAAAGGCGCAUGUAAAGCUAACAGACUGACUGCAAUGAUCAUCGAGUGACU